AUGUUGUUUGAUAUCCGAGGAGGCUCGGGUAUUUUUGAUUUAGGGGAGGCUCGGGUAUUUUUGGGCUUCGAGAUAGAGCGUGAUCGUGCGCAGCGUAGCCUAAAAUUGUCACAGCGUCGUUUUGCUGUGGACUUAAUAAAGAAGUACGGCAUGGCUGACGCAAAUCCGCGGCUGGUGCCGAUGUCCAAGGGCACUGUUUUACGUGCUGAGGGGGAGCCGUUGGACGUGGGGGAGUUUAGGAGUUUGGAGAGCUGGCUGGUAGGCAGCUUGUUGUACCUUAUGGAGUCACUUUUUACCGCGGGGAUGUGUGACCCGUGGGUCAUUUCUACUGCAUUCCAGGGCUACUGCGCGCGCAAGGAAUGGCCUCGACUGCGACUUCGCUGGCGGGCACGUAACUACUUCGCCAUUGACAUCCAGCGAUGGGUCAGAGGUCAUUUGGCGCGGAAACGCGUGAGGCGGAUGAGGGAACAGCGAAUGCAGCGGCAGGCGGCGGCAGGGCGACUGACCCACGGGUCAAUUGCGGGCCUGGCGGCAGCGGCGGCAGCUUAUUCGGGCGGUGAGGUACAGGACCCCGUUCACGUGGCUGCGGCAACUUUAAUCCAGUUUAACUCAGCUGGAUGCCACACCUCGGGGGUGUGGGGUGGGGCAUAUUGGCGCGGCCACCGGGCCCGGAAACGGCGGGCGUGGCUGCAACGAGAAGCCGCCAAGCGGAAGCGGUACGAGCAGCGCCUGGCGGCAACCAAGGUCAUCCAGUCGUACUAUCGUGGCUGGUAUGUACGGCGCGCGGUGGCACGGCUCCGCAUGCGGGGACCCCUCAGCCGGGGAAGCCUCGCGGGCGGUGUAGUCGCAGCCCCUGGCAUCGCUGGCGAUGUACUGAAUGCCGUACUUCUGCCGUACGGGGACUACGAUGAUGGCGAUGCCAGUGCCGCAGAGCGGCCCGUGCCCCACGGGCAUCCGCGGCCGCCGCCACUCCCCCGCGUCGCCGCCGGUCCAGGCCCCCCUAGAGUUCGUUUAGUUGGCGGCGGCGGCGGCGGCAGCGUCCGAGGGUCAAGAGGACGAGGUGCACCACAAAGUGUAACGCCGCCGCCGCUGCCGCCGUCACUGGCUGGCGCAUCCACGAAGCCGACCGCGGGGGCAGGUGCACGUGCCGCCGCCGCCAACGUACGGCAAGCCUCCCACCUCAAGUCACCACCACCAUCCCCGCCGCCGCCGUCGCUGGCGCCAUCUGAGCCGUCAGAUCUACAGCCGCCGUCACCGCAGUCUCGAUCAUCUUCAUCAACACGCGCGUCUUCACAACCAUCGACAUCAUCACCGUCGAACAAAUCGAACGCGACACAGUCGUACAAUCACGCUAGGGCAGCUGCUGCGGCGCUGCCGACGGUGACACCCGCCGCCGGCUCAGCCCUGGCGUCAAUACGUGCUGCACGCGCCGUUGCCGCCAGCGGCGGCGGCGGCGGCGGUGGCCCCAUAGCCCUCACUUCUGGACCUGACAGUCACAAACCCAGGACUGGCAGAUCAGCUGCGCCGCCGCCGCCGCCACCGGCUGCAGCUGCGGCGUCAGCGGCACCUUGCCUCUCCUCGCCCCGCCGCGGUGGUGGCGGAGGAGGUGCACAUACCGUAAGCCAGCCACCUGCAUCACCCGUCACGCCGCCGCCGCAGCAGCGGGCGCCGCUGCAGCGGACUGCUACAGGGUCAUUCCAGCUAGGUGGCAUCGGCGGCGCCGGCGGAGGGGAUAACGGGCCACCAGGAUCGUACGGCAGGAAACCCGCCACCGCCCCGGCGCCGCUGGCGCGUAUGCUGCCGCCGCCAAAUGGUGGCGUUGGCGCCGGCAGUGGAAUCGGUGCCGUACACUCGUCCUCCUGGCCGUCAGGGGUUCCCAAGGAGAUCCGAGUUGGGCAGUCAACGGGGCUGAAUGGCGACGUCCUGGGCGGCGGCGGUGACGCUUCCGUCGCCGUCGCCGCUGACGCGGCGGCACCCCAAUUGCAGACCUUCAUCCGCGGUGUCGGCGGCGGCAACGCAACGCUGCCGCCGCCGCCGCACUUGCAGCCGGCACCGUUGGCGUUGCUCCGUACACCCAGCAUGUCAGUGAGUCGUCAUACAGAUCCGCUACGCGCAUCCGCUCCGGAACCCCUGCGUGUCCGCGCUGGCAGCAGCGGUGGCGGCAGCGGAAAGGAAUCUAUGACGCCAGCGACGGCCCCGGCGCCGGCGCCGGUGGCGGCGGGGGCAGCAAAGCGGCGGCGGGCCUGGGAUUCAGAUGCAGGCGCGGCUUCCCCGGUAAUGGCGGCGGCGGCGGCGCCGUCAGGGCCGCAGACGACGGGUCGGCGGCCGCCGGGCCCAGCGGUGGUGACGUCACAUGAUGCCGCAGGUAAUCCCCUGCACGACCAGGGGGUCAGGGUGGGCCCGGCGGUAGUGGCCCCCAUGAUCGGAUCCACUACGGACCGGCAAACUUCAGCUGCACGAUGCCGACUGGCUGAUGGCGACGAGGAUGCGUAUGACGAUUGGUGUGAUGAGAACGAAGCGGGGUGA